UAAAAGUCAAAGGUAAUGAUUCCGACUGGGUACUAUUCAACACCAGUUAGUUCUUCAUAAUUAAAUCUACAAUAAAAUGUUCCUGUUUUCCAACCAUUUAUUUGUAAGCCACCUGUUAUUGACGUAAAAAAGUCAGCUGCUGUGACUAUGUCCUUGAUGACCUCUGCAUCAGUUACUCGGGAUUUAAUACAUUACUAGCAUUAGGCAGUGCUGACAACAUUACCAAAAUCCGCACGGUGGAUCAUAUUAUCGAAACAAGUACAGUAUGCUGGUGAAAGUAAUGAGAAUAUUGUUGUUUGGCAGUCUCCUCCUCCUCCAUGCAGAGAUGACAAAUUGUGCCUCUGGUGCAUCUCAUAAUGAUAUUACAACUGAACUUACAGUUGAUCUGUACCAUGCUAUACGCUCUGUACAGCGGGACAAGAAUCUUAUUUGUUCACCCAUGUCUAUCAGUCUUAGCCUUGGGAUGAUCACACUGGGCGCCAGAGGGACAACUUUGCAGCAGUUAAAGAAAGGUUUACAUUUUGAUGAAGCAAAAGAGGGUGAAGAAUUUUCUAUGUUGAAAAAGCAAUCCAAAAUCAUCUCCACUAGUAGUGAGAAAUACAAGCUAAAACUUGCCAAUGCAAUUUACAUUCAGAAUGGAUACCCUAUUUCUCAACAAUAUCUCCAUGACAUCCAGGAAUUCUUUGACACUACUGUAAGGACAGUAAAUUUUCAAGAUUUCACAUCUGCUGCCAACAUUAUUAAUACAUGGGUAGCUAAUGAAACCAAUGGCAAAAUCAAAAACUUGUUCUCAAGCCAUUCUUUCAGCUCACUUACAAAACUAGUUUUAGUGAAUGCCAUUUACUUCAAGGGGACAUGGAAACAUAAAUUUCAUUCAGCGAACACAAACCUAAUGGAUUUUAUCAAGGAAGAUGGCUCAGUUGUUGAGGUACCAAUGAUGCAUCAACAGGUGACAUGCAAAUUUGGCUAUUUUACGGCUGGUGAGAUGAGAUACCAGGUUUUAGAAUUACCUUACAGUGGAGAUGAAGUCAGCAUAAUCAUGGCACUUCCACCAAAAGGAACUGAUUUAGCAGCGUUUGAAGAACUUAUUACACCACAAGCUAUACAAGAGUGGCACUCCACAAUGGUAGAGGACGAGAUUGAGGUUAAUCUUCCAAGAUUUACAAUCCAACAGAAUCUUGAUCUGAAGAAGCCAUUUGAAGCUCUCAAUAUUACAGAAAUACUUGGAAAUGGAAGUAAUCUUUCUGGGAUUACAGGUUCAUUUGACCUGCACAUUUCCCAAGCAAUUCAUCAAGUGUUUAUUGAGAUCAAUGAAGAAGGGAGUGAAGCAGCAGGUUCAACAGGCAUGACAGCAGCAAUCAUGAGCCUUCCUCGGAAUCAAUUUAUCGCUAAUCGUCCUUUUGUGUUUCUUAUACAGAGCAAGUUAACAGGUGCGGUUUUAUUUGUGGGAAGACUGAUGGAACCUGAGACGAUGACUUCUUUAGGAAGAGAUAAAGAAGCACUAUGAAAUAAAAUUCAACAUGUUCUUUAUAUAGACACAUAAACAUAACUUGUACUACAUAGUCAGUACUUUAACCAGGGUAUUCUACUUAAGAUUAAUGGUAAGUUUCAAUUUUUGUUUGGGGAAUAAUGAGGUGGACAUAAUCAAUUUUAUAAUAGUCCAAAUAAAAAUAAAAAUGCAAUAAAUUGAUUUUGGAAUUUCAGGUGUUGUUUUAACCACCUACACAAAUUUUCUAAAGAACAAUGUACAGGGACAAAAAAUAUCAGGAAACUUUUGUUUUCACAAUCUCAAUGCAAUAAUUUUGAAACUAAAGAUUCACCAAAUUGGAUGGAGAUGACCUUUUAUGCAAAUGAAACAUGUGUUUUAGUCCCUGUAGGUCUCCAGUGGC